AUGGCAAUGGGCGCCAGCCAUCUGUCUUUAUCCAGUCUAGCACCAUGGCCACAUGGUGCUAGACUGGAUAAAGACAGAUGGACGCAUAGAAUAACAGUGUGGAGGCCAAGACAAACUAAAAGAAGUGUGGGACGUCCACAGAAACGUUGGGUGGACGACAUUAGGGAAGUGGCAGUAACCAAAUUCAUUCGUAUCGGCAUCGCUGACAAGAAUGAUAAUCCUCCGUAUUUCGACAAAGCCCUGUACGAAGCGGAAGUCGACGAAAACGAGGACAUUCAGCACACUGUCCUCACUGUCACCGCCAAAGAUCACGAUGAAUCCUCGCGUAUUCGAUACGAGAUCACAAGCGGUAACAUAGGUGGCGCCUUUGCCGUCAAAAACAUGACAGGUGCCAUCUAUGUAGCCGGCGCUCUGGACUACGAAACAAGGAAAAGGUAUGAGCUAACACUGGUAGCGUCAGAUAGUCUGAAUGAGAAUUACACCACGGUAGUGAUUCAUAUCAGGGACGUCAACGAUUUGCCGCCCAAAUUUGACUGUAGCGUCUACGAAAAGACGGUGGAAGAAGAGUUUCCUGCCACUUACCCCACGCUGCUGAAACAGGUCACCGCCACAGACGGGGACAAGGACAGGCCGCAGAACAUCGUCUAUUUCUUGACGGGACAGGGCAUCGAUCCGGACAACCCGGCCAACAGCAAGUUCGACAUUAACAGGACGACAGGAGAAAUAUUUGUACUCAAGCCUUCUGGACCGGGACCAGCCCAAUGGCAGGCCACAAUGGCGCUUCACUGUGUUUGCUCAGGAUGAAGGUGGAGAAGGGCUGGUGGGAUACGCGGACGUACAGGUGAACCUGAAGGACAUCAACGAUAACGCUCCUAUCUUCCCCCAGGGAGUGUAUUUUGGAAACGUAACUGAAAAUGGUACGGCCGGAAUGGUCGUUAUGACGAUGACUGCGGUGGAUUAUGACGAUCCCUC